UCUCUCACAUUAACAUUUUGCUAAUAACCCAAAUCAUAAACCAAUAUACACACACACAAAAAAACAACCUUAGAUUAAUCGAAAUUUGAAAAAAGACAUUAAUAUGGAAGUGAUGAUACAAAGUUCCAAUAUGGAGACAUUUAAUUUCAAUAGUGGCACAAUGAGUUCACCUUUUUUAAGUCCUCCUUCUUCACCAAAACGUUUUGGUGAAUAUUACCUAAGUGCCCCUACAAGUCCCUCUAGACUCUCUGAAUUAUAUAGUGAAAUUGAUUACUUAUCAUCCAUUGAAGUGCAACACGAGGAUUUCACAGAAAGUCAAGAUGAAACAUUAUUAUCAUCGUUAAUCAUCAACAACAAAGUUGAUGAUAAAGAAGAAAGUGGUUUCGCUUUCUUAGUUAAUCAAACAGACAAAUCAUCACGUUCAGCUGAAGAACUCUUCCAUGGUGGUAAAAUCAAACCAUUAACAAACGAAGAAACAAAAGUUGUUAAGCAACAAAACAACAGAGGAAGAGACAGAGAAAGAACAGAGUCAACAACAUCAUCGAACAAUUCCGGUAGAAGAGUAACAAGAUCACUUUCUCCUUAUAGAAAAUCAAACUACACAUGGGAAUCAUUAGAAGAACAAAACUCAAAAUUACAACAACAACCUCGUAGUAACAUCAAAGAGGAAACGAAAUCGAACAAUUCGAAGGGUUCGAGGAGGUGGAAAUUGAGUGAUUUGUUGUUGUUUCGUAGUGCUUCGGAAGGAAGAGGGUCAAGUAAGGAUCCAUUGAAGAAAUACUUUGUUGGUAAGAAGAGUGAAGAAGUUAAAGGUUCAAGCUUUAGAUCUUCGGAAACGUUUUCCAAUAAUGGGUCGAAGAAAAAAGGACAAGUUUCAGCUCAUGAAAUGCAUUAUGCUAUGAAGAAAGCUGAGUCACAAGAUAUGAAGAAGAGAACUUUUUUGCCUUAUAGACAAGGGAUUUUGGGAAGGUUGUCUGGAUUUGGACUCUAAUUCAUGUUGAUCAUGAUCAUGAUGAUGAUCUUUAUUAUCAUGCAAUUUCUUGAAUAGAGUUGUUCUUUUUUGUCUUUUUUUAUGUUGAAUAUGUUGUAUUCUUUUGUUGAAUUUUUCAAUAUGUACCUUAAGGGUAAUUAAGCUGUGUAAACAGAAGCUGUUAUAAUACAUAUAUAUAAGUAUUGUAAUUAUACAAAAUUCUUUAUUGCCACGUAUAAUUAGUUCAUGUGUAGCAUUAUUUUGAGGCUCUUUGAUGUAUAGUGUAAGCAUAAACAUAUUUUGUUUGUUUUCUUCUA